UCGAGGUUGGAUAAUUGAACGUUGAACACUAUCCUUGCCUAUUUGGUAAUGUCACCUUGGCGUUGUGUACCCGAUCGCGAACUUUGAAGUUGGCCCUUGGCAUGCGCUAACCACACCUUUCCUCCGGAUCCUCACCAACGUUGGGUUGUUUAUAAGGUGGGCGAUCUGAACGCGUUCCCUAUAGCUGAAUUAAAGGAGCUCACGACGACACAUAUUGUUUCAAGCCCUCUUAUACCGCCGAGGUUCGGAUUUUGCCCUUCUUUCACGCUUUGGCCAUAGUCAAACCAUGAUGUGUCUCAUAUACAGCGCGUGUCCAAUUGUUCCAUGCCACAUCUUGAACCACAACCACAACCACCACCAACAUCGCGUAAACUAGAUAGACCUCUUCUUCAAGAUCAAUUACUGUCACCCAUGGCUAACAUUCCCGCUGAACGCGACCCAGAGUACCACGGGGUCGCACACAGAUUCACAAAAGGAACGCGUCUCCUCCCAAUGGUUCCUUGGCCUCGUCUCCCAGAUGCAGCAGACCUCCCACGAGACCCACCUCCAACAGGUCUUCGUCCACCUAACAAGUGCAUGUGGGCGCACGACCCAUCCGAGUUCCGGUUCAUAUCUCGAUUCGGGGACUCAAUGAAGUUCGGUGGUGGGAUCAUACAAACACUCUGGUCUCGCAGUCAAAUCGCGUCAUUCGAGAACAACUACACGCACGAAAUCAUAGAAUGUCUAUUCGAUGAUCCUAGUAGGAUGCCUGCUCCACGUCGGCGUAGACCUUGGCCUGUUCUCAAGUUGCCGAGGGCCGUGGCCAUGCGUCAUGAACCUCCCUUGGGUCUUAUCGAUGAAGGUUCAGACCACGACGAGGAGCUUUCUCUGGAGAUUGCUAUGGAGGAUGAUUCUGAUGUGGAGCAUGAAGUCUCGACGUUGCCUGAUGACCCUAAAUUCCCGAGUUAUAUUCCUUGGGAGUGCAAGGACGCGGGGUGGAAGGAACAUGUUGUCGAUCGCGUCAUUUAUCGUUCGGGAAACCGUCGAAGGACGCGUCUUAUUGUGAAGAUGCCCCGAAGACAGGAGGAGAUCGUAGAUCCUCCCAAUGGAGGGGAGGCCGUAUAUGCUCGCAGUGAAGGUGAUGCCGAUGAGGCAAAGAAUGUUGCCGUUGACUUCAGGACCUCCUUAGGUCUUCAAAACCCCGAAGAAGACGUGAAAGAUGAGGACGUGGUCAUGUCAGAGGCACAGGAGGACACAGGCGGCGAUGACCAUGACGAAGUCGAAAAUGCUGAUGUGGAACAAGACCAAGAUCAGGGCGCAGUUGCUGAUGAGGAACAAGACCAAGAUGAAGAUUCAGACGAGGACGAGUACUAUCAUCGUCGAACACCAACGCCCGUGAUCAAACGUCCAAAACUGCCAGACGAGUACUCUACUCGCGGUAUACCUAUUCUCCAAGAAAAGAUCCCUCGACGCCACUUACCACACACUCUUCUUGUCCAUGAUCCUUACAACGCGUCAAUGGGACAACAUCCCACAGACGACGCCUCCCUAGUCAGCACCGAACCCAUCGUCUACAAACGGGUGUACCCAGCUCCAGAUGACGCGUUUUUGGACAACGUAGCUCAUAUAUACCUCAAUCCGGAUAACAUUCUAGGCAAUGGCCGUCACUCCAAUGUCUAUUCUGCGCCUUUAGAACUUCCACCUCCUCUAUCGACAUACGACUCCGCUUCAGUCCGUCCAGGCGUCGUCCGCGUGGCAGCGAAAGUAUCUCUGCCGGAGAAACAUGCUCGAGAACUUCUCAACAACGAAGGUGAUAUUUACAAUACAUUCCCAGGUUUUUUCACGGAAGAGUAUUGCGGAUGGCACGUCUUGACACCAUUUGUGAAAACUCCUACGCCGAGUUGCCAAGUCGUACCCAAGUUCUUUGGGUUCUAUGUUCCAGACAAGAAGUCUAAACAACUGGAGCGGGAUGCGGAUGGCAAGUUACUGUGGCCAUGGCAGAGACGUAGUCCGAUCCUGCUCAUGGAAGACUGUGGAACGCCGAUUGACCUGGAGGAGAUGAGCGUUGACCAACGUGCUGAAUGCUACAGCCUCAUCAUUCGUCUCCACUUUCAAGAUUUUCACCAUAACUCCUUCCGUACGCAUAGCAUCCUAGUACAGCCUGGCCCACUCAUUCUGCCGCCCCAUCUUCGAUCAAUGGACAGGCCCAGCUUCCGGUGCAUUAACUUCAGUCGGACGCAGACCGAGAAAAAGUGGACUGCGAAAGAGAUACCUGUCGGUACGUCUGCGAGCAAGGAGGAGAAGGAACGUGUCAGUAGGGCAUUCGACAGGUCAAUACAGCUGGAGUGGCACCACGCGAGACAGCAGCUAGGCUUCGAUGUGGUCUCAGCCAUUUGAGUAGUGUAAUGGAAUAUUUCUCGGGCAACCUACAGUUUUACGCAACGACGUAUGGUAGAUGUACACUGACGCCUAUUGCGACUAGCUGUUUAUGAUUAAUGAUUCAUCGCUUUACUAGUAAAAAAAAUGAUUCUUUACUUCUUGCCCGACUGGCCAUGCUCGCCCGUCCCUUCGAAUGUAACAAUCUUCCCGAAGGUACUACCAGUACCCCAGAUUCCUCGC